AUGUCCUUCCCGACCGUGCGACGAAUCGUGACCGGCCACGACCCCAACACGGGAAAAUCGAUAAUCGAGUCCGACCGGGCCUUGACGCCAGCAAACCCACUGGACCCGACCGGCGCCGCCCCCACGGGCAUCAUCCCGGGCUUCACCAACAUCUUCCGCACGGCGGGGGUGCCGGCCGCCAACGUGCAGGGUGCCUGGACAGACGUGCACGGGCGGAAGGUCGGCCUCGUCGACCCCUCGGGCGUGUACUGCCGCGUGGUGGAUUUCCCGGCCCUGCCCGAGGUCGGCACGAGGGACGAGGUCAACAUCAUGCACCGCACGCAGAGCGUCGACUUUGGCGUUGUCCUGAGUGGGACGAUCACGCUGGUGUUGGACGACGGGUCUGAGACGGUCAUGAGCGAGGGGGACAUCUGUGUCCAGAGGGGGACGAAUCAUGCAUGGAAAAACGUCAGCCCCAAACCCUGCCGCGUGCUCUUCGUGCUGGUCCCCUCGGUCCCCAUCCAGGACGAAUCCACAGGCGAGCCGUUCCCGCUGACGGACACGGCGCACCUCGUGGAAGAGACGCACAUGGCGGGGUUGUGA